ACCCGCCGCCAGUCGUCAUCUUGCACUCUUUUGGAAGUACCUCGACUCCGAAGCUCUAUCCCCUUCCCCUCGCUGCCGCCAACAUGAGCGCUCAUGACUCUGCAUGGUGGGCCUUGAUCUCGCCGUUUGAGAAGCGUUGGCGCUGCCAGCUGCAGACGAGUCUCCCCUUCCACUUCUCCUUCCAGAAUCCGGUUUGGCGAGCACUCAAGUGCGGCACCACACUCGCCUUCCCCUUGAUCAACCCUUCAACCAAGCAGCACCGAGCUCAGCUCCUCGUGCCUGAUGCCGAGGACACACUCAACUCGAUCUGGCUCGCCGAGGCCGACAUCCUCUACUGCUCUCCCCAAGGUCUCCAGAACAUGCUCGAGACGUCCGUCAAGCCCGAGUCGCCAAAAGAGUGGCGCAAGGCCGUGGAGAAGCUCAAUCAAGCCCAUACCGGCGCGGCACCCGUCAGCGAAGAGAAGGCCGAGUGCUACGAGCGUCAUGGACUCCUCGUCUUCCAGGUCUUUGCUACGACAGAGGCUGGCCUCCUCUUCUUUGCCCGCAAGGAUGUGACGGGUCACACCACCUGGCUUAAGCCGCUGCCGCCUCGCAAGGAGCACAUGCUAUUCCGCAAGCAACCCAACUCGGACGUCCAUGAGCUUUGGCUGAAGGAUUCCUUCCCUGGUCUACUCAACCAGUCCGUCAACUUUGAGCCGUACCCAGGAAAUCCCGCCAUCAAGGCUUGGAAUACGUCGGACACGUUCCGUCUUCUCCCCGCCUUUGGCCCUCACGAUGACCUGGUCUCCUUUGCCGGCCGCCAAGACGAUUGGAUUCGCUGCACACAUGGCACAGCCGCUCGUGCCCUCGAGAUCGAGGAGCAACUCACCAAGGACUUGCGUGACGACUUGGGCUUCGAAGCCGUGCGCGGUGUCACCGUCAUUGGCAAUGGCAAAGCAGGUCUCGGCGCCGUCAUUGAGCUCGACAAGGAGGAGGCUAGUCCCAUGACCAAGGAGGAGGAAGCCGCCUUGCUCAAGUCUACGACGUACAUCAACGAUAAGCUUCUCCACUACCCCAGCGUUCUGCACCCUUCAAACUGCAUCGUGACCGACGCAUCUCGCCCCAUCCGCAUGACGCAGAAGGGGUCGAUCCAGCGAGCCCUCAACGAGCAGACAUUCGGUCCAGAGCUGGAGCGCCGUCUCUCUGCCUAGACCAUCUGAGACUUGCACAAGAAGCAGGCGCUCCGUGCUUGCCCCUCAGUGGUCUCUCCGGAAGGAGUGUGAGACCCUUUCCCCUUGCUUUCAUUGCCCCAUGAUCCUCUGUACUCGGACGCGUUCAUCUUAGUCGCCUCGCUCAUCUCAUUGUAUCUAGCUACUGCUCAACUUCAAGGAUUCGAAAAUCAUGAUGCUCG